CGACUGGAGAGCAGUGUCAUUUUGCCGUUGGCAUCAACAUAUGACGACCUGAAGAGGAAGGCCAACGAGCUGUUCCCUGUACUGAACAGGAUGGCCUUCGACCUAGUAGAGGGGAAACGGGGCAAUAAGUUGUUGCCUUUGGAUGUCAGUACAACACUUGGUGCGAUAAGAAGCAGCACCCGAGGAGCAGAGUUCGCCCGUCUUUGGGUUUUUCCAGAUACAUAUAUCGACAGAGAACGCGACCAUGUGGUCAGAUGACAGGACUGAGCCGUCGUUGGACACCAGCCCCAUUCCAGACAUGGACACCUCGGCUUCGUUGGGCGCUUCGUCUUCGCAAGUGGCAACCACCCCGAUUGAAGCCGAAGACCGAGUAGAGGAUGAAGUCAGUUUUAUCCUCGGGGUGGACGAACCUUCCGAGGAGCACAGCCCGGGUUAUGUGGAAGCCAGAACUCCAACAGUGCUGUUUCAUCGCACAAAUGGUGUCAUCGAUAUUGCAAGUGGGGAAGCCCCGAAUCGUCCAACGGCGUUAGAAGACUUCAUGCCGGAAUUAUCGACAGUUCCGAACAUUGGGGAAACCAUUCUAACCGAGGAAGUUAGGGAGCGUCUGAAAAAUCCACAGCGCUGCUGUUUUUGAUAGAUCUUCGGAUGAUCCGUUCCUCAUGGAAGUUCGAUGAGGAUCCGCUCUGAAGGAUGCACUAGGUCUAGUUCGGAUAUCACAACGGGACCUGGCGAGCCCGCUGAGGAUUCGGUUCAUCGGAGAGGAGGGUGUUGAUCUGGGAGGUUUGCGGCGCGAAUUUUGGAAUCUGGUUGUUCACCAGUUGACACACAGUUCGUUAGUGAAAGGAAAGUCGAGUCGACUGACAUUUCAAAAGAAUUACGUGGAGGGAAAGAAAAGAACCUACUUCCUCUUAGGCCAGCUGGCGGCGCUGUCAAUUUUACAAGAUGGGCCCGGCUUUCCUGUCAUUGCCGACGCCGUGGUCAGUUAUGUAACAGGGCAUCGUGACGCAGCUGUCAACAAGGAGGACAUUGAGGACCGCAUCGGAAGCUUCAUUGAGCAGGUAUGACAAUAAGCUAAUCCAAUUAUUGCAACGUUGCUACAUUUAUUAAUGAGAAUGUUGCAUGUGAUAGAGAUUUUGUGUGCAAAAAUUACUAAGCAGGUACGACAAUACCCUAGUCUCGUUAUUGCUAUGUUGUCACGUGUUAUUUAUAAGAACGUUACACCUGAUACAGAUUUUGUGUGCAAAAUGACAAUACACGAUUCCGGUGAUUUGUAUUAAUUUGUUGUUUUUUACUUUCCAUUAUACCCACAU